AUCAGCAUCAUAGCCCACACUGUCACAUUCAGAGGAUGGAGGCGAGGUGAAAACACAUCUCAGUGGCUCCUGCUGCUACAUUUAAAGGAAUACAACUAAUUUCUCCUUUAAGAUCAGAUGGGAAGCUGGACCACAAACCGGCAUUAUGCACAUCUCUCCUUGAACAUGCGCUACACAUCGGAGAAACUUUAAAUGUCCGGAUGCGUUUUCUUUUCCAGAAGGAACGAUAAAUCUUUCAAGAUCUGAAAUGGUGAUGUGAAGCAACGUCUAUGAGUCACUUUUACUAACUGAUCGACGAUUCAGAUUAAAGAAUAAACCACUUGCGGCUUUUCAUGCUUCAUGCCUCACUGCAAUAACGAUGAAGAUUUCCCCGCUGCGUAAAGGAUCUAAGACCUCUAAUGGGACUUUAUUCCGUGUCAAAACGAUGAAGACGUGAAUCAUUAACACUUUAAUUAAUUAGACGAUGUGUAUAUUUCAUAUUACUCAAGACAGGAGUGAGAAAAACGUGUUUCUUAUUAGUACAUGAUAUUUUCCCACGGUAUGGAGAGCUCGCCAUGCGCUCCUUUGGGAACGACUGCUGGUAACUUUUACGCAAUGGAUUCAGGAGGGAUUGCAACAAGUUUAAAGGGUCGUUUAACUUCUGGAACAUGAUUUUAGUUUAUUCUAUGACUUUAUGGUAGCAAACAGUGUCGGGAUUUUAAAAGACUUUGGAUUUUGAAAAGGUUUUUCCUCAUUCAUUUAUCGCGCAAUCCGGAGCAAAACUCGUUGGCUCAUAUGGGAAUGAAACACUCAUCCCGUUGUUUGCUCCUCAGGAGAAAAAUGGCGGAUUCGGAGAGCACUGAGCAACAGCCCCUGAGUGCUGCCCCAUCCCAUUCAGUCCAGCCAUCCCCACUGCCCAAACCAGUGUCGUCAGUCCAUCAGAUUCAGCGGCCCACACACCCGUCCCACCCGCCUCACACCCCUCACUCGGCCAACCUGACCAGUUGCCCCGGCAGAGGAAAGAUGUCCAAGUUCCUAAACCCAGAUGAGAUGACAUCCAGGGACUACUACUUUGACUCCUACGCCCACUUUGGCAUUCAUGAGGAGAUGCUAAAAGACGAAGUAAGAACGUUAACAUACAGGAACUCUAUGUACCAUAACAAACACAUCUUCAAGGACAAGAUUGUACUGGACGUGGGAAGUGGAACUGGCAUCCUCUCUAUGUUUGCUGCCAAAGCUGGAGCCAAGCACGUGUACGGGAUCGAAUGCUCAAGCAUAUCAGAAUACUCUGAGAAAAUCAUCAAGGCAAAUCAUCUGGAUAGUGUUAUAACCAUCUUUAAAGGAAAAGUGGAGGAGACAGAGCUUCCAGUGGAUCAGGUGGACAUUAUCAUCUCCGAGUGGAUGGGCUAUUGUCUAUUUUACGAAUCAAUGCUGAAUACUGUCAUCUAUGCCAGAGAUAAGUGGCUGAAACCUGGAGGUUUGAUGUUCCCAGACAGGGCUGCUCUUUAUGUGGUAGCUAUUGAAGACAGGCAGUACAAGGACUUUAAGAUUCACUGGUGGGAGAACGUUUAUGGCUUCGACAUGACCUGCAUCAGGAACGUAGCCAUGAAAGAGCCGCUAGUGGACACUGUGGACACGAAACAAGUCGUAUCCAACGCCUGUCUGAUCAAGGAAGUUGACAUCUACACAGUGAAGCCAGAAGACCUGUCCUUCACAUCCUCCUUCUGUCUGCAGAUCCAGAGAAAUGACUAUGUCCACGCUCUGGUCACCUACUUCAACAUAGAGUUCACCAAGUGUCAUAAAAAGACUGGCUUCUCUACAGCACCAGACGCUCCGUUCACACACUGGAAACAAACAGUGUUUUAUCUGGAGGAGUAUCUGACUGUGAAAAGAGGAGAAGAGAUAGUGGGCAGUGUCACCAUGAAGCCAAACGAGAAAAAUGCACGUGACCUUGACUUUUCCUUCGAGUUGGAUUUUAAAGGGCAGCUAUGUGAGGCCGCUAUUGCUCACGACUAUAAGAUGCGUUAAGUGUCCUGGAGGGGACGAUACAGAGAUCCUCAAAAAAGCAGAGGCAAGGGCCACUACAGCACUGCUGGAGAAACAGCGAUCCAGACCGAAGCUAUUAUGUCUGGGAGACUUGCCGGCAUUUGGAAGCGCUGUGGCACUUUUAGCUAUAGCAGCUUUGACUUUGCCAACAAUAGCCUGCAUUAGUAUGCCAUCUUUACGACUGUUCAGGGGCCAACUUAUGUACCCCUCUCAAACAAAAGAAUGUUAUUGUCCUAUGAAUGUUAAACAUUUGUUUAUGUUUUGUUGUGGUUUAGGGAUGGGAUGUUCAGGAUGAUAAAGUCUGUGCCUCUAUAUUAAUAAUAUUUCAGCAUUAUCUGACAUUUCUGUGUAGAGGAAAAACUCAGUUUGCAUAGUUAUAAUCCCUAUUAUUAGCCAAAGCAGUAUUGCACAAUAUAGUUACAAUGCAGUAGGGUAAGUCAUCUUGUAGAUUUAGGAACAGGAAAAGUUUGUUUUUAAAUUUUUAAGUGGUUUUGAGUGCAAAAUCUCAACUCUCACGAUUUAAAGGUGGUGUGUGUAAAUUUUAGCGGCAUCUAGUGGUGAGUUCGCGAAUAGCAACCAACAGCUCACCCCCCAAUUUCAAAACGCAUAUGUAGGGAGACCCACGGUGUAUGUAGAUAAAAGUGGCUAAUUUUAAGGUUAUAAAAACAAUAUAGUUCAUUAUGUAUGGUCUUUAUACACCACUGAUAAUAUAGUUAUGUAAAUUACAUUGCAUUUCUGACAAGAUAUCCUUCUAAAAAUUACGCAUUGCACAUUUAAUAAAUGCAAUAUUUUGCAUAACACACCAACCAAGAUCUAUUUAAAUAAUGUGACCAACUUUAAUAUCAUAUUAUGGAAAGUAAAUAUUGUGCAAUAUUGGGAAACAUGAACAGCAAAUGUUUUCCAAUAUUGUAUCUCCAGAAUGAACAGUGUGUUUGUUAAUUAAAUGUGAGGUUUAUGUUCCAUUUUUGCCAUUAUAUGGAGAAUAAUUAAAACGAUAUGAAAUAAAAUAGCUUAAAAUGAAUUAAACUAUAAAAAUAUUAAUAGGUGUACAAUAGCAUGCUAUAGUGAUGAAGUUUUGGCUGUUUAUAGAACAUAAUGCUGUAAAGACUCGUAAAAUACGAGAGUGAUGGAUAAUAAUAAAUAUAAUACAUAUGAUCAUUAAGAAUAAUGAAAGAAUUGUGAUGUAAGAUGGUGGUUGUUUGAACUAAUAAAUCAGUUAUUUGUAGUGUCUAAUAAUGAUUUUGACAUCCAUUUGCCUGCAUUUUAAAUAAGCUUCCACAAGGGGGCGAAAUACUCCCAAUAAUAAGUCAACAUGAAAAGUUUAGGACUAGAGUCGUGGGACAAAAUGUUGACUGGGCAUGAGGAAAAUUAAUAAAUGUAAAAUGUACACUCU